AGGAUCAAAACUAGAUCUUCUGGAAUGUUUGUUUAUUAGGAUUUGAAUGUCAUGUUUUACACUUUUGGUUAUAUUCAUGACAGGAACGGUCAACGGUUCAUCAGUUCACAAGUUUAUACCGAAUGCAGUGAUGGACAAUUUAGUAUCUCCAAUUCACCUCACUUGCAUCUCUUUGGACUGUGGGAGGAAACCGGAGCACCCGGGGGAAGCCAACGCAGACACGGGGAGAACAUGCAAACUUCACACAGAAAGGACCCGGACCGCCCCACCUGGGGAUCGAACCCAGGACCUUCUUGCUGUGAGGCGACAGUGCUACGUCAAAGCGGAGAAUUUAAGCAGCAUCACCUCACUUCAUAGGAAAUAAUGACGGUUCUGCUGCAUUUCAUGUCCUGAAACUGACCAUUAGACUUUAUACUCCUAUAGAUAACUGAUGGACGAAAAACUCUGGUCAUUUUCAGAAUUCUAAUUACUUCUUUUUAUUUGUUAUAACUCGUCAUAUGAUUUAUAUCUUCACCUAUUUAGUAUUUGCUUUUUUAAUCUAACUUUAACUUAUCCAGAUAUCCUCACACAGGUACCCGGACCAGGUAAAAGCAAUUGGAAAUCAGACGAAUGCUAAACAAUGCUUGUGCACUACACAGAGUUCGCUUGUUGAUAGCCUAUGUAGUGCACUACGCAUAGAUAAGGAAGCAAUUUGAGACACAUCCCUUUAACGACCGCUUCACACUAUUCUUAUUUCCCCCGCCUUUGUAACUCCACCGAUACUGGAACGUUUACUUUCACAUUUAUUGUGUGAUAAAAACAAGUGAAAAUAAAAAAGAAUAAACUAUAUUAGGAUUGUUUUCAGCAAUGGCAGUCACGACGGACUAUAUUCGUGAAAAACUGAUGGCCGACAUUGGUGCAGUACACGUGGAAGUAGAAGAUACAUCUGCAAACAGAUGUUCAACUAGUUUUAAGGUGCUUGUAGUAGCCCCUCAGUUUGAAGGAAAACCUCUCCUGCAGAGACACAGAUUGGUAAACAAUUGCCUUGCUGAAGAGCUGAAGGAGAUCCAUGCUUUUGAGCAGAAGACCUUGACACCAGAACAGUGGGAAAAACAAAAGCAGCAGUGACAUACACAUACAUACACUGACAUACAUCAUUAAUCUGAUGUAUCCCAAAGUUUUUUUUGUACAGUACAAUGUUUACAAAUGAAUUACCAUAAAAUCAAUUUGAAAUUGAGAUAGUCGGAACAGGCUUGCAGGUAAACAGAAAUGUAACUGCAGCAAUGAAAACAUCGUACAUAUCUUACAUAGUUCUUGUUUUAAAUCAGUCUUGUAGGUAACUAUGCCAACAAGUCACUAUUUCUGCAGUAUUUCAAAUUGUACUGAAUGCUUUAAAAAAUCAAUAAAAUAAAAACAGUGACAUGAUCUUAAUAUUUUUGUUUAACUAGUUAACUAAUUAAGAAGUUGUUUUAGUCCAAAUAGUUUAAUGGAAGUUAUUAACUGUACAAGCAAGUCUUAUAGUUUGUUGUGCACAUGUAAUGAAUAACAAUCUUUAGCUUGUUGUGCAACUAUUAAGCAAUAUUAUAGAAAUGUAGGUGUGAAACAAAAUAUUGGAAACAAUGCUAAUGAGGAGUGCCACCAAUUGCCUUCAGAACAGUUUGAAUGGAAUGCUGCCAUGCAUGCCUGGAUUGUGCUGAGAGCUUGGACUGUUUAUUAGGAAUGAAGGAGGUGGAUAUCACUUUACAGUCUGCACUACAAAACUUGACAUUUAAUAAUGUAUAAAUCUGAUCAUUGGGAAGGCCGUAAAAGUGCUUGGUGCCAUCAUGUAUUAUUAUUCUGUAGUAUACCUAAUAAGUUUUUCUGAAAUAAGUGUUUGCACCAUAGGGUACACUUGUUUUUGUAAAGUUUACGCAUCUUUGUAGACUGUUCUUUAACUCUGCAAAACAAUAAUUAAACAGAUAUGAAUAUGGCUGUUCAUACCAUUAUGGUCUCUCUGCUGUAUCGAACAAUUGGCUGCAGAUACUGGGGUUGAAGUUAACCUUUGGCUACUUCCAAAUAAAUGUGUCCAGAAAUAGGAAAUUUAAAAUAAAAUAAAAGUUGACUCAUCAGA